CCUCCCCACCCUCCUGCGCCUCUCCCUGCCGACACUCCCCUUCCCCUUCUCCUCCUCCUCCUUCUCCUCCUCCUCCUCACCCUCCUCCCUGCCGUCCUCCUUCCCCUGCUGCAGCGGGAUGGUCAACGAGAGCCGGCAGGUCCUCCAGGAGCCCGACUUCGCCCAGCUGCUGCUCCGGGACCCCAACACGCCCAUCGUGAGGAAGUCCAGGGGUACCUCCACCCAGGGCACCUCCACCCACGCCUCCUCCACCCACCUGGCCAUGCUGGACGAGCCUCCCAGCGGCAGCACCAGCCGGGCCGGGUCGGUCCGAAGCGCUCGCUCUAAGAUGAGCAGCUACCACGGCAGCCUGCACCGGUCCAGAGACGACAGAUACACCGCCUCCAGUUUCCGAGCUGCAGACGAGCGGCUGCUGUACGGAAGCAUGCCGAGGCUCAACGACCAAUCCCAGUCCAGACACUGCAGCACCAACCGGCUGGACAGUCUGUCCCGUCACGGAUCCACCCAGCGGCUGGAGAGCCAGUCCAGGAACAGCAGCAUCAGAGACCUGAGCGGAGCCACCCAGGCGGUCCUGGGCGUCCCUGGAAACGGGAUCCAUAGAGUCCUGGAGGAGGACGGAGCGACGGCCUGAAAACUGAUCUAAGGAUGCAGCUUCUUCUAGGAAGUUCCACAAUGUGUGAGGAGCUCCACUGUUUUAACUGAUGGAUUCUGAGGAGGAUAAACUCAAACUGAGGGCUGGAAAUGUUGCCUUAAAACGUCCUCUCAGCUACGAUGGAUUCUGCUGUCCUGAUGAUGCCGAAACAAGGCUUCACUUCUGAUCCAGAGAACUAAACGAGACGCUGACAGACGGCACGGAUGGUCUUAUUACUGGACUUUGUUUAAAGGACUGAAUGACGGACAUGAGGAGGGAGGAAGCAGCGAAUUCUAACUACUCCUCACUUCUGACAUCUCUGAUUCUAAACAUCUGCUCACUUAAAACCCUUUUAUUCAGAAACAUUUGAACGUUUUCACACCCAGUUUGAAACUCACUGAGGCUCUGCAUGUCUCCUAAAGCUUUACAGAAAGCCUUUUUACAAACGUUUUUUAUUAUCGAGGUGCUUUAUUGGUCCAUGUAUAUUUUGACAAUUACAUUUUCCGUUCUGAAACGGGUAUUGAAAAACAAAAAACAAGUGGUUAUUUGAUUUUUGUUUUAAAAUACAAAAAUUAAAAUUGAAAUACAAGGCGCUUUUCCUUUUCAUGAUCAAAAAGGGAUGUACGAAUUUUUAAAAAUGCUUUGAUUUUCAUUUUAUAUUUAGAAUAAUAAAAAAAUAAAAUCAGUAAGAGACAGAAAUGAAAAAAAGGUCCGUUUUUUCAUUUUCUGAAACUGGAAGUGGUCAUCAGCAAGUUUGGAGCCAAACGACAAGAAGAUUCUCAGAGGGCGGAGCCAGAGAGCAGUGAUUGGUCAGACUGACUGAGAGCCAGAGAGCAGUGAUUGGUCAGACCAUAGAUAAUAUAGAAGACAGGACGUCUGGUAGCAUCUCUGGCUGCUGUUGACCUUGUUUUUGGAGUAAAACACGGUGGAAGCUGAAUUAGUGAGGAUGACUCCUGCUCCUGUCAUCUCUAAGCUCCUCACACAUCUUUACCUGCACAUGAGGAAAAUCACUCCUGUAGAAUGCAGAUGUUCAGAGGGAGCUGAUGCCACAUCUGGUCCAGCUGAUGGAAGGUCUUGAAGUUCUCUGACUGGCCUGGACUGAAGAUGGUCGUCUCACUGGAUUUAAGGUUCAGAUGCUCAGUAACAAACUCCACCAAUGAGCCAACAGGGAAGCUUUAGGUUUAUUAAAUGUUGCUAUGAAGGUUUCGCUGUUUUUCUUUGUGAAUGCAAUGAGCUCCAACUGAAACUUAAAUUAGAACUUAGAAGUAAAUCCUUCCAUCUGAAAUGAUUUAGUUGCAUUAAUAACCUCAUAAUAUUCUAAUUUUUAUUCCAGUCUUGGUUGGAAAUAGAAUCUCUGUAUUGAUUCAGGUAAAAACUGAACUUCACAGCAUGUUGGAGCAAAACAACCAGAUGAAAACUGUGAUGGUGUUGGAUUGUCAGACUGUAAUGUUGCAGCUCAAAGCAGCUUUUCUAGCUCAGUUCAUUCUGACAUUCAGCUAUGAAUCAACACAGCAGAUGGUGAUCCAUGCUGUGGAAGUCUCACAUCUCCUGAUUUAAUGGAGCUGCUUUGCACUUUUUACACUGUUUAUUCACCAACACUUUAUUUAAUAAAAGUCUCAUCUAGUUUUUAUGAGGAAUGUGAUGUUUUAAUUUCUCUGUGAAUAACUGCAGUCUAAUGUAACAGCUGGAGUUGUAACAUCUGUCCUGAUAUUGAUCAUGAAGUAUUGAUCAGAAUACUUAUGGUCAGCAGUCAUCCCUGAAGUUUUACAUUAAAAUCUUUACUUGUGUUGUGAACUUUGGUAAGAAGCAGAAACUUUAGCGUUGCCAUGGAUACAUGAGUGUUAAAUUCUGUCCAUGUUUCAUUUUGGGAAAUUUAGUCCAGCAGAUGAGUUUGUUUUUACUGCCAGGUACCAUUCAUUCUCUACAUGAGAACUUUAAUUAUUCUUCAUCUACUUCCUGAAAAGUUUGGUCAAUAAAAAAGACAAAAACUAACUAAAGACAGACUUUGUGAUUUUUCUGCUCACAUGUUGUGUUGUUGUAAACUUUCUCUUUCAAAUAAAUAUCCUCCUAACCCCCUGGAAA